AUGAUUACAUUUUCUAUUAUGGGCCAACGAGUUAAUUAGUGAUCCCAUUAUUUUAUAAGUUAUAUAUACGGGUUGUUUGCAAAAUGUGCAAUUGUUUUUACAGAUUAAAAAAAAACUACAAACACAAAUCCAAUAACUUUCAAUGAGAAAUUAUACAUUUAACAUUCGCGCUUCGUUUUGACGCCGCACACCGACCUAUAUAAAAGGUGAAAGGCAUGGCGCAUUUCCCUUUUGGAUUAAUACAAACAAGAUCCACGUGAACAACUGCAGUCCAGCUCUACGAGAAUCUAUAAUGGCCGAGCCUGAAGUUUUGGAAAAAGUGUUUAAACUAAAAGAGCUUCUCAAUGAAACCACGGAGUCGAAGAAGGUUUUAAAAACACUGAAGCGACUGCAGGACUUGAAGAUAACACUGGACAUCCUAGCGGAAACUGGGAUUGGAAAAACAGUUAAUUGUUUUCGGAAGCAUGAGAUUGCAGGUGAUUUAGCCAAAGCAUUAGUUAACCAAUGGAAAAAGUUGGUUCCCAAGGAAACUAACAGUUCUAGCCUUGCACAGGAUGACCACACUCCAGAAAAGCAAGAAAGCUCCAAGAAAAAAGAAAAGGGAGAUUUUCUAAAAGAAAAGACUUCCAGUAACAAAGAGAAAAGGCAUUCCACAGGACAGGAUAAAAGGGGGUUUGAAAAAUCAGAAUUUGUGCCCAAAGAAAUGUCCAAAACUGUUAAUACAAAAACCCUGAAUAACCAAGCUUCUGAAGGUCAUAAAGAUGAAGAUCAGCAUCUUGAUAGUGGAAAACAUUGCCCCACAAGUGGAAACACUGAAAAAUCAAAUGGUGAUCUUGAAGACUGUGGUGACAAAAAGCCUUCCCGAUCUAUCAAGGCCCCCCAUGAUCCCCCACCAGAAAAAAAGGCACCUAUCCAUGUAGACAAAGAGAAAUAUGAUCACAAGCGGACCAACAAGGAGCCUCCCUCAUUCAACUCAAUAACAGAGGAAAUGUAUAGUAGUUCCAAAAGCUUUGUGAAAAAGGACAAAAAGUCAACAGACGUUGCAAAUGAUGAUCAUGUAAAGCAUGAUAGGAAAAGUACUCGGUCGACAGAGAACCGAUCCGCUGCUUUGGGUGACCUGGAAAUGGAUAAAGCAAAGAGCAGAAAGUCUGUGAAGUUCAUUGAGAAGGAGAAGAGUGGCGAUGGUGACUUUGAGGAGCCGACCAUGUCCUUUGAAACCUGCCUGAACUAUGACCUGGGACCCACCUUCAAAAAAAGAAAAAAGCCUUCCGAAAUUCAAAAGCUGACCAAGAAACAUAAAAAUGAUGGUAAAACUGAAUCCUUAGGAAAAAAGGUGUCAGAGAAAGAUAAGAGCAUGACUGAGAAAAAGAACAUAAAAUCUGAGGAUUCGCCUAAAAAGGUGGAAUCUGGAUCAAUAAUGGAUCUGCUAAAUGUUCCAUUGCCAUCUUUUCUGCCAGAUUGUUUCUUAUUCCCUUCUCCUUACAUAGAGAAUAAAAAACAAGCUGAGGUCCCCAAUACAUUUGAAAAUACCGCUGGGUUUACAGGGCAGAGACUUAACUCCAAGAUGCAGGUUUAUUCUGGUGCUAAGACUGUGUUCCUUCCAGGCAUGAUGACCCUUUAUCAACAGUGCAUACGUGCACUUCAGAACAAUAUUGACUCACUUUACGAGAGUGGAGGAGUUCCAUUUGAAAUUCUAGAGCCUGUACUUGAACACUGUACACCAGAACAGCUGUAUAGAAUUGAAGAGUGCAACCCGGCUUAUAUUGGGGAUACUGACCACUUGUGGAUUAAACACUGUCAAAAGGAGUUCAAAAAUGAAAGACCUCAAGAAUACGAGGCAUGGAGAGAAAUGUAUUUGAGGCUUUUUGAAGAAAGAGAAAGAAAGUUUAAACUUCUGACAAAAAGCAUAGUCUCUGCACACUCUGGAAAACCUAAAGGCCGACAGGUAAAGCGAGCAUUUAUUCACUCUGUAGCCAAACCUCCCAGAGAGGUGCGUCGGAAACAGGAGAUCUAUGGGACUGCAGGCUCCACUGCCCAGCCUCAUUCUGUUGAUAAAAUGAAAAUUUCAAGUGUAAAGACCCCAGAAAGCAAAGCAAGACACAGCUCUUCGGAUGUCCAAAUGAGCAUUUCCAGUGCUGGUCCUAGUCAAGAUCCAAAGAAAAUGGCCAAAAAAAUUGCACCAAUGAUGGCCAAGUCAUUAAAGAUCUUCAAGAGCCGACUGGUACGCAGAUAGAUGCACUUUUGAAUCACUUUGUUUUGUUUGAUAAAGAACCAUUCUGAUCUGGACCAAUUUUUUUUUUUUUUCCACCUUAAAUGAGUAAUGUAUUCAAGGUAUAAUUAUCAAGUUUAAACAACGAAAUAUAAAAGCACUCUUCGUGUGUGUGUGUGUGUGUGUGUGUGUAUAUAUAUAUAUAUAUAUAUAUAUAUAUAUAAUAACUACUGUAAAUGUCAAAAUAAGACACAUAAAGGGAUUAAAAUGUCUGACUGCUUCAUUUGUAUUUGUUCAAUUAUGUUUUCCAGGGAUGAGCUAAUAACUGACUUUAAUUUUCGAAUAUUGGAACCCUUUUCUUUUGUUCAAUUGAAGCAUGUACUCUGUGUACUACACCUUGGACCAGCACUAUCCAUUUGGCACAAAUGUUUUAUUUUUAUGAAGAUCAAACACAGCUACUGUAUGUUGGCUGUAUUGUGCUAAGGAUGAUGGUCUUGGGUGGUUUUGUGUUUUUUGUGGGUUUUUUUCAGUGUUUUUAUUUUUAGAAAUUCUGGGUUUUUGAAGAAACUCAGUUUAACAGCUUUUAAAAAAAGAAAGGUGUAUAUACUGUCAAAGUCAGAUGGGAGCUGUGUGCCUCAUACUAGUAUCUCGGCAGUAAACUGCACUGUGAACAGGGGUUGAACACAAAAUAUAAUGUAGUCUUCAGGGGUUGUUUCCGUGUUAAAGCUGACAAUCUGAGUGAAACCCAGUUGUGCUGUUGCCAUCUAGUGUCAUCACAGGAAACGGUCUCUUACUAAACCCUUUUCAAUUGAAUGCAAGUGAAUGGUCAUGUUAAGUGUAGGGAAAGCACCUGGAUUGUUUUUAAACAGUUAUGAUAGGGUUACAACAAAAUAAUGUUAAUGUGAUUUUAUUUUAACACUAAAAGGGUACUGUUAAUUUGAUAUCUGCACUGAACAGCCUUUAACAUGUUUUUAAUAUGUGAUGCAAUAUGUGUACAUCAUAACAAAAGUUCAAUAAGACAAGAUGAGAUGCCACACUAUGAGUGAAUAUCCAUAAUGUCCUUUUACUUACAUUUGUUUUAAUAAGCCUUUACUGGCAUAACAUCAAAAAUUGCUUUUAAGUUACCUGCAAACAAAUUUAAAAGACUUCAUGGCUUGGUCCUUUAAAUGAGGCCUCUGGGACUGAAAGGUUUAUUUAAAAUACUUCAACACCAAGCGUCAAAUGCAAAAUUUAAGAAAAAAACAUUACUACAAAGACUAAAGUUUGGCAUUUCAGAACCAAGUAUGGAUAUUGUUUAUUUCAAAAUCAUGAAUGACAAUGAAUAAGG